AUGUCACCCUACUGGCAAAAUCGGAGCUGUGACCCAUUCACAUCUCCAUCCAAGGCAUGUACUCUCGGCAAUUACGUCGAUUAUGCCGUCAAUAUAAGUUCUGCCGACGAUGUUUCACAAGCACUGCGUUUCGCACAGAAACACAAUGUCCGUGUUGUUAUCAAGAAUACUGGACAUGAUUACCUAGGGAAGUCCACUGGUAAGGGGUCGCUGAGCCUUUGGACUCACAACAUGAAGUAUAUGGGAUUCCUUAAUUAUUCCAGCAUGGAGUAUACUGGACCUGCAAUGAAGAUGGGAGCCGGAGUUCAGGCCUUCGAAGCUUAUACAGCAGCGGCUUCUCAUGGCCUCCGUAUUGUAGGGGGCUCAUGUGCCACUGUUGGCCUGUCUGGCGGUUAUAUUCAGGGGGGUGGUCAUUCCCUCCUGAGCUCCAUGUAUGGGAUGGCUGCAGACCAGGUUCUCGAAUGGGAAGUAGUCACCGCUACUGGAAAACACCUCAUCGCGUCACCCACCAAAAACAAAGACCUCUAUUGGGCUCUUAGUGGAGGUGGCGGCGGCACGUACGGUGUUGUCAUCUCGGUGACUGUAAAAGCUUUCAAGGACGGCAUCGUCGGGGGUGCAUAUCUCGAAAUCAACAAGACCGGUACUACGGACGAGAAAUUCUGGAAAGGGGUCGAAGAGUUCUUUACUUGGGUCCCCAAUAUGGUGGACUCUGGAAGCACAGCUCUCUUUUCUUUGUCCAAUACAAGCUUUGUGGUCAUUCCUUUGACUGCACCAGGCAAGAGUGAAGAUGAGAUGAAAGACCUGCUACAGCCAUUUCUCUCCAAGAUCAACGACCUAGGUGUACCUAUAACCACCUCAAUAACUUCAUUCCCUACGUAUUUGGAGCAUUUUGACCACUAUCUGGGUCCAUUGCCCUAUGGUCUUCCGCUUAUCAACAUAGUCGAUGUCUCUAUUGGCGGACGACUGAUUCCACGAAGGGUACUCGAGAAUGCCACAUCGAACCUGGAUUUCGUUGACGCGCUGAAACUCAGCGUGCAGCCUGGCGGUGGCUACCAAACAGGAGGUAUCGCACUCAACGCGGCACACUCCGUUGCGGGCAACGAACCGUCAUCCAAUUCCGUGUUCCCAUCGUGGCGCGACAGCAUUGUAACAAUCCUGGCUUUCGCGCCGUGGGACUUCAAGGCGUCAUUGGGCAGCAACUUGGCCGGAGAUGAAUACCUCAACCAGGUUACGGUACCCGCGCUGACAGCGGUUGCGCCCCAUAGCGGUGCAUAUCUGAACGAAGCGAAUCUUCAGCAGGAACACUGGCAGAGUGCUUUCUACGGUACCAACUACGACAGGCUACGCAGUAUCAAGAAGAUGUAUGAUCCUAAAGACCUGUUCUUUGCUAAUACUGCGGUGGGCAGUGAAGCUUGGACAGAAGAUGCCCAUGGACGAUUGUGUAGAAGGGCUUAG